AUGCAUCACGGGGGUACGACAAGCGAUCCAGAGGCCUUGCGCGUGGCCGAUAGAGCUGGUCUUGCCGAGCCGGGUGAUUCGCAGCUGCUGGCUAAAAUGGGCUACAAGCAGGAAUUGAAGCGGCAGUACUCGACCACGCAGGUAUUUGCGAUCGCAUUUAGCAUCAUGGGGCUGGUCCCGUCGCUUGCGUCGACUCUGUCCUUCUCAUUACCUGCGGGGCCUGCUGGGAUGGUCUGGGGCUGGUUUACUGCAAGUAUAUUCAUUCUCAUGGUUGGAUUGGCAAUGUCCGAUCUCGCCUCUGCAAUGCCUACCGCUGGAGGUCUUUACUGGUGGACGCACUACUUCGCCGGCGAGAAAUACAAAAACCCCCUCAGUUUCCUGAUCGGUUACAGCAACACCCUCGGUCUGAUCGGCGGGAUCUGCUCCGUCGACUAUACCCUCGCGCUGAUGAUUCUCUCGUGCGUCGCGAUCUCCCGCGACGACGAGUGGUCCGCCUCGCGCGGUGUGAUUUAUGCCGUGUAUGUGGGACUGAUUCUCCUGCAUGGGAUCUGUGCUGCACUUUCAGGGCGCAUCAUGCCGAAAAUCCAGACUGCAUGCAUCUAUAUCAACAUCUCGCUUGUGAUUGCCACCGUCAUUGCGCUGCCAGUUGGAAAAGUCACGCGUGGAGGCUCGCUCAAUUCGGGGAACUUCGUCUUCCGGGAGCUGGAUAAUGAGACAGAGUGGCCGACAGGAUGGGUGUUUAUGCUUGCGUGGCUUGCACCAAUCUGGUCAAUCGGAUCAUUUGACUCGUGUGUGCACAUGAGCGAGGAAGCUAUGCAUGCGGCAAAGGCUGUUCCAUUGGGAAUCAUCUGGUCAGCAGGCUCUGCUUGCGUGUUGGGGUUCCUGACGCUGUCUGUCAUCGCUGCAACGAUGGAUCCCAAUGUGAACAACACGAUCAACUCAAAGUUCGGACAGCCAAUGGCACAGGUUUACUACGAUGCCCUAGGCAGACAUGGCUCCCUGGGAUUCAUGAUCGUCCUCUGCUUCACCCAAUUCCUCAUCGGCCUCAGUCUGAUUGUCGCGGCCUCUCGUCAAGCAUGGGCAUUUUCCCGCGACGGUGCUCUCCCUUUCUCUCGAUUCUUCCGCCACGUCAGCCAACGUAUUCAGUACCAGCCCGUACGCAUGAUCUGUGGACUAGUCAUAGCCUGCCUGAUCCUAGGCCUACUAUGCCUGAUCAACAAUGCCGCUGCGAAUGCCUUAUUUUCACUAUUCGUCGCCAGCAAUUACCUGUCGUGGGGAAUGCCGAUCUUUUGCCGGCUGGUCUGGGGCCAGGAUCGCUUUCACCCGGGCGAGUUCUACGCCGGCCGCUUCAGCAAACCGAUUGCAUUCAUCGCAGUGGUUUAUCUGGCGUUUGGUGUUGUGUUGUCGAUGUUUCCGACUACCGGUCCGAAUCCAGCUCCGGCCGAUAUGAACUAUACGAUUGUCAUAAAUGGCUUUGUUUGGAUCGCGUGUAUGACUUACUACUUCCUUUUUGCCCGACACUGGUUCACUGGGCCUCAUAUGACGGUGGAUGAUUCGAGUUCGACUGAUUCAGGGGAUGUCAACUAUGAUCCGGUGGGUGUGCCGGGAGGAUCGGGUGCGAAGGAGGACUCCGAGCCCCGUGGAAAGCGGACCGAUCCAACCAGCGUCCGAACCCCCCGAAACGUCCAAUGGAAGCCCUCAUCGCGGACGCAGGAGGAGACACUGGCAGAGGGCCUCUCCAAUGAGGAUUUGUGGAUGUUGAUUCGGCGAUUCAACAAGCAAAUUUAUCAUGUGAAAGCCCUGCCGAGCGCAACGCAGGACCUGGACCUCAAUCGUGCCGAAAAUGAGGUCUAUCCUCCCGAGAAGCUGCGCAUGACGCUCGAGCGGUUUUAUACUUCUGUCGUGGUUGGGUUGAUUGAGUUCUUCCGACAUGUUGGGAGGCUGCGGUCGUGGAAGGAGCCAGUCAGGACUGCUGUGUUCUGUGGGGUGUACUUCUUAUCCUGGGCCGUGGAUCUCCUGGUCCCGACAGUUCUGAGUCUCAUGAUCGCCCUGAUACUGUGCCCGCCGAUUCGGUCCUUCCUAUUUCCCUGUCUACCAGUCAACAAUUCAGACAAGGAUUCCGCUUCCGACAAUUCAGCUCCUGGCGAGCCUGAGUCCCAUGAUAGUUUGACUGGAGCCCCGGAACAGCACAAGGGUGAGACAGCUGAGCAGGAGGCUAAGGUGCUACUUGACAGCUUUGCAAAGAUGGCCGUCGAGGGAGCUGCAGGAAAAUACGGUUACACUCCAUCUGCCGACUCUACCGAUGAUUUCACCGCGGUUCAGCUGGCUGAGCCUGCUGGUUCUCUGCCCGAAACGCCUGAAGAUGAAGCUGUUGAUGAAAAGUCCAAGAAACCCAUGAAGAAAAAGGUCUCUCAAGGGAUGGAUCAGACUAUGCGAGUCGUCAGUGACAUCACGGAUAUCUAUGAGAGAUUUGCCAAUAUCUUUUCUCCAACUCCCCCGUUCUAUCUUCUCGCACCACGACUCCGUCUUACUGCCAUCCUAAGUAUCGUGUGUGUUGCUGUGCCAUUUACACCCAGCUACCUCAUCAUCAAGCUUGUCGGGUUGACUAUCGGCAUCAGCUUCUUCGGAGGACCAAUCUUCACCUGGACAUUCGACCUCUUGAACCGAAAGAUUCCGGAUUGGAAGAAACAGAUGGACAUCAACAUGACUCUCCUCGACGGCGUUCCAACAAACGCCCAACUAACCCUCACCCUCCUCCGAAUCGGCGAAAUCAACUCCUCGCCCCUCCCACCACCCCCAUCGUCCGAAGACAGCGAGCCAGCAUGGCCCAUCAAACGCAAAUCCAAAUCCGUCAUAGCACCGCAAUCCAGCAACCUAACAACAACAAGCGCAAACGACUCAACCUCCGACCUCUCAACCGCCAGCACAGCGGUCCCACCGCCAAAACCCAAACGACGAACCAUCUUCAAAAUCCUUAAAUUCGUCCGCCGCACCAUCGCAACAGCAAUCCGGGGCCACAUCGCCUUCGACCGCGCAAUGGCAAUCGCAGGCUCAGCGCACACCAAGAACCUUCUCGGCAUGCUUCAAAAACACCGUUUCUCCGGAACACCCUACGGCCCAUUGAAAUUCGAUGCAAAAUUCGAGCGGAAGCGUGGAGCCGCUGUUAUUGAUUCUACCAAGGAGCCGCCCAUCUUGUAUUUCACCACCUACCAAUCGGCUGGAUUGGAGGAUCUGCGAAUUGAAGCUCGGAAGAAGGGUUCUGUGCUGUUCCAGAUCCCUGUGACGGAGAUCCAAGAACUGAAGAAGACAGAGGGUCUAGGGUGGAAAGGGAAGCUGAUUGUUGAGUUGACGGCCGGUAGUAAAGAAGCGGCUGAUGGAUUGGUCAUUGUUGGGAAUGAGAUUGCGCAGUCAUUCCAUUUGACUGGGAUGAGGUCAAGGAAUCAGUUGUUUAAUCGACUGGUUGCUAUUGAUGCUCAGUUCUGGGAAAGUCGAUAA